CUUACUCACUAAUACUAUAAAAACAGCCACUCUCCACAAACUCAUUCAAUACUCUUCACUUUAUUUUCUGGGUUUCUUUUUCUUGAUUUAGAGAAUGGAAAAUCAAUUGAAAAAGGUGUUGCUAACCUCCAAUGGAGAUGAGGUUUCACUCAAUAUUGCCCUCCAUUUAGCCAAAAGGGGAUGCAGGUUGGUUUUGAUGGGAAAUGAGAAUAGUUUAAGAGGAAUUGCAGAGAAAAUAACCGGCUCAAUCAACGGAGGUUUUCCGGUGAAAGUUGUAGGAUUGGAUAUGGAGGAGGAAAAAGAGGAAGCUUUUGAUGAGGCAGUGGAAAAGGCAAGCAGAAUUCUGGAAAAAUUUGAUGCUUUUGUACAUUGCUAUAGCUAUGAAGGAAAAAUGCAAGAACAUUUGCAAUUAGCAGAAGAAGAAUUCAAAAAGACAGUAAAAAUAAACUUUAUGGCUCCAUGGUAUCUGUUAAAAGCUGUCGGAAAACGAAUGCGAGAUCAUAACACAGGAGGUUCAAUAAUAUUCGUAACCUCACUAAUUGGUUCCGAACGAGGAAUUUAUCCAGGCGCAGCUGCAUAUGGUUCAUGUUUAGCUGCAGUUCAACAGUUAGUUAGACAUUCGGCUUUGGAAAUUGGGAAAUACAAGAUCAGAGUGAACGCAAUUGCACGCGGAUUGCGCCUACAAGAUGAAUAUCCAGUGUCGGUAGGGACAGAAAGAGCCGAGAAGUUGAUCAAGGAGGCAGCACCACUCCAAAGAUGGCUCGAUGCUAAAAGUGAUAUAGCAUCCACUGUUAUUUACUUGAUAAGUGACGGAUCACGAUUCAUGACAGGGACAACUAUUUUUGUCGACGGAGGGCAAUCUCUAUCAAGGCCUCGGAUGAGAUCUUACAUGUGACAGUUUUGUUUGCUUAUUUACUAGAAGGAAAAUUGCAACUGUAAAUCAAUUCCAAAUAAUUUUUGCUGCAUUGGCAAUUCAAUAUUAUAAAUGAAAUCUAAUCAUAAUACAGUUAUACAUCUUAAA